AGCAGUUCUGAUCUCGGACUCUGGCGGAACAUUUUUGUGUUAAAUGAUUGAUUUCUUAAGUAAGUAGCCGUGUAAUAAGCGGGAUAAUGUACAGCUAGCGGGUCCCCCUGGAGUCCACCUGUGCCUAUACAGUAUGCGGUCAGUACUAGGGUUUAACUUUCAUACGUCCUCCAGUCGUAUCCAGGUCCGUCUUGGCGAGCACAACAUCGCCGUGAAUGAGGGCACGGAGCAGUGGAUUGAUGCCGCAAAGAUGAUCAGGCACCCGCAGUACAACAGCUACAACCUGGACAACGACAUCAUGCUGAUCAAACUGAGCCGCCCCGCCACCCUCAACAGCAACGUCCAGACCGUGGCCCUACCCUCUCGCUGCCCCGAGGCCGACGAGAACUGCCUGGUGUCCGGGUGGGGCAACACCUCCGCCAACGGAGACAACUACCCUGACAGGCUGCAGUGUCUGAGGCAGCCCAUCAUCGAUGACAGGAUCUGCAGGAACGCCUACCCCCAUAUCUUCACCCAGAACAUGGUUUGCUCCGGAUUCAUGCAUGGAGGCGCCAGCAGCUGCCAAGGAGACUCUGGCGGUCCUCUGGUGUGUAACGGUCAGCUGCAGGGCGUCGUGUCCUGGGGUUACGACUGCGCCAUGAAGGGACACCCCAGCGUCUACGCCCGUGUGUGUCGCUACAACAGCUGGAUCGGCACCACUAUGCGCAACAACUAAACACACACCCAUACAUCCACGUGCAAGCAUGACAUUACAACACCAUACUCAGUGUGCAUACUCUGUUUAUUUGGAAGUUUAUUUGUUUCAUUCAUAUACAUCUUGUGAAUCACAUGUUCAGGCAUAAUAUUCUGGAGAAUUGAAGAAAUGAAUAAAAAUAUACAUCAGCAUUCACUGAAUUUGUUUUUUUCUACAUUGAGUUUCACAGUUGUUGUUAAAACAAUAUUAACAUGCUUUGCUUGGUAAUACUGUAUUUUUUCUGCAUCCAUUCUGUGCUGUCACAAGGCCACUGCUGUCUUGAAAUCCAUAAUGAAUAAA